AUGGCGUCCGAGGGUUUCUCAGCGUCUGAGGUGGACGGUAUGCCGGAUCGGAUAGCGGAGACGUUUACCGGCCGUCGCUUGCUGGUCACCGGCGGCACAGGUUUCAUGGGAAAAGUGCUCAUAGAGAAACUGUUGAGAAAAUGUCCAGAUAUUGGGCAGAUCUUUCUUCUUGUGCGUACCAAGAAAGGCAAGAAUCCGAAACAGAGAUUGGAAGAGAUAUUGAACGGAGAAUUGUUUGAAAUGCUCCGCAACCUGAGAGGUGGUAUCGAACCACUCUUAGAGAAGGUGACGAUCAUCAGCGGUGAUGUGGGUGCACCAGACCUAGCUAUGAGUGAGGGAGACAGACAGAAGAUUAUCGAUGAAGUGAAUGUUAUAAUACACGCUGCUGCUACCAUCAGAUUUGAUGAAGAGCUGAAGAAAGCAGUUUUUCUUAACGUACGAGGAACCAAAUUGAUUUUAGAACUCGCAAAACAAUGCAAAAAUCUACAGCUCUUCAUGCACAUAUCAACAGCUUAUUGUCAUUUGCACGAGAAACUUUUGGAAGAAAAGCCCUAUCCGCCACCAGCGGAUCCCCACCAGGUUAUUCAGGCGGUGGAAUGGAUGGAUGAUGAGACCAUCGCAACAUUGACACCUAAACUUCUGAAUAAGCUGCCCAACUCGUAUGCCUUCACCAAAGCUCUAGGCGAGGGUCUUGUGGUGGAAUACAUGCAGCACAUUCCUGCCGUCAUACUCCGACCUUCUAUCGUGAUCCCGAUAUGGCAAGAGCCGCUUCCUGGGUGGACCGACAACAUCAACGGCCCUACUGGUUUGCUGAUUGGUGCCGGUAAAGGUGUUAUCAGAACUAUGUAUUGUAAGAGCAACAGUUACGCCGACUAUCUGCCAGUCGAUGUGUUCAUCAAUGGAAUCAUGAUCAUGGCCUGGAACUACCUGGUUUAUGGUGACAAACAGAGGAACAUAGUCAACUUCACGUCAUCAGCGGAGAUAAAGGUCACAUGGAACGAACUGAUCGAGGCUGGCAGGGAAAUCAUCAUGAACAGAGUACCUCUCAAUGGUGUAGUUUGGUACCCUGGUGGUUCUAUGAAGCAUUCUCGUCUGUAUCACAACAUCUGCGCGUUCUUCUUCCACUGGCUACCGGCUAUACUCAUCGAUACUCUACUGUUCUGUCUUGGUUAUAAGCCUGUUUUGAUGCGUGUUCACCGGCGCAUAAGUAAAGGUUUCGAGGUGUUCGAAUAUUACACGAACAAUCAAUGGGACUUCAAAUCGGACACUGCACAGAAAGUGAGAACGAGGAUGAACGCUAGAGAGAGACGGGACUAUAAGGUCGAUGCUGUCGGCGUGGACAUCUCCAAGUACUUUGAAGACUGCAUCAAAGCUGCCAGGAUCUACAUUCUGAAGGAGUAUGAUGACACUCUCCCGGCAGCCAGGAGACACAUGAGAGUAAUGUACUGGGUUGAUUUGAUUGCUCAAAUACUCUUCUGGGCUCUAAUAUUAUAUUGGAUGAAGGGUCUAUUUUCUGGGAUGGGUUCCUUCUUCAGCUCAACCAGUGAUGUUACGCCGUCUGUAAUGGCGGCAUAGUCGCCAUCUUAUUGUUGUAAUAAAAUGUCCGAAGUGUGGCAGAAGACUGGUUUUGUUUUGUUUAAGUGAAUUUUAUAUUAAGUCUUAACGUGUAGGUGAAGUGUAAUUAUAAAGUCUUUUAUAACUUUGUUAACAUGUAUUAAGUAUUGUAAUGUAGUUAUAUAAUUUGGUUGCGACGUGAAUUUAUAACUUUUUAAGGUAAUUUUAUUUCCUUAUUCUACCAGACUGAUUUUUUGUUAUUCUGUUUUAUUUUUAAUUUUGUAUAUGAUUAGUUAAGUAAUAUGUAAAUAUAUUGCUUACUUGCCAUUAAUAAUUUUGAUUAUGAAGUAUUAAUUUUCUUGCAAUCUCUUUAAAUUUUGAAGUGAAAUAUAUGUAGAAUUCAUAUUUUGUUUUGAAUUUCCAGAUAAUUUUAAUAAUACGUUCUUAAAUGUUGAUUUUACUUCGUCUGUUAUAUGUCAAGAAUAUUGUUUGUUUUUUAAAUAUUGCACUUGUCAUGAGUUAUAAUUCAGAAUAAUAUAUUGAUAUUUUUUAAUAAUAAAUACUCUUUUUUUGUAUUUUUCGAAAUAUUCUUUUAAAAUAACAAAGGUAAUUGAUUUGUAAAUAUAUAUACAAACGCUGUAAAAGUACUUUAAACGUUUAGUUAUUAUUAAGCUAUUAUUAUACCUAAACAAUGUAAUGAAAUUGUAUAUAAUUCUAACCAAUUUUGAUAAAAACCUUUUUUUAAAUAUAAAGAUUUUAAACAUCUAUUUGUUAUUUAAUUUUCAUGUUUCAUUUAUGAUACUUUAUCUUAAAAACUUAAUUUAAACAAUAAGUCGCAAGUGUCCAUGAUGGGAUUCAAACUCAAAUUGCCCGUAAAUAGCAAUCUUAGUUAUGUAGUUUUGGAAAUAUUUAAACGAGAACCUUAGCUAAAACUCUCUCUUAGUAAUUCUAUGGUAUUUAUACUAAAAUAAAAAAAUCAAGAGUGUUAUUAAACUUAAAUUAAACCGGCAUUUGUCAUUCAAGGACACAAUGAUAGGACAAACGAUAUUUUUUUUUUUAGGAAUAAUGUUCCUGACUUCCGUCUCGCAGCGUAACAAAGCAAGUUAUUUUAGCAGGAAGUGUAAAAAAUAGCAAGAGAUAACAUAGUAACCAUAAUCGAAUAUUCUAUUCCCAUAAUUUAGUGUAGUAAUAUUAUUAGGUUAAUUUGAAAAUUAAUCAUGGAUCAAAGUUGAAUGUUUAACGUCUGGCAAAGCUAACAUUAUUUUUGCUACAAUACCAAAUAUAGUGCCUAAUAGAAAAGUAUACCAGUACGAAGGUUGGCCAAAAUUUCAAUGGCAUACACCUUAAAUCCAAUAAACCUGAUAUACCCAAGAAAUCCAAUAUACCCAAUAUAAUAUAGUUUUGGGGGAAGGGCUUGGGAUCCAAAACUAUGGUUACCAUCAUCAUCAUCAUCAGCCUUCUUACGUCCCCACUAUAGGGAGUCAAGCCUUCCUUAUGGACGGUUAAGGUGGGUGGGUCAUUAGUCCAUGACCCUCCACGU